ACCUAUACCAGAGAGGAAUGUUAUGAAUGUCAGGAAUGUGGCAAGACCUUUAACUGCACUUCACAGCUUAUUCAACAUCACAAAAUUCAUACUGGAGAGAAACCUUACCAAUGUCAAGAAUGUGGCAAGGCCUUUAUUUACAGCUCAAGGCUUAUGCAACAUAACAGAAUUCAUACUGGAAAGAAAACAUACCAAUAUCAAGACUGUGGCAAGGCCUUUUGCCAGAGCUCACAUCUUAACAAACAUCACAGGAUUCAUACUGGAGAGAAACCUUACAAAUGUCAAGAAUGUGGUAAGGGCUUUAACAAGAGCUCAGACCUUAGUCAACAUUACAGAAUUCAUACUGGAGAGAAACCUUACCAAUGUUAUGAAUGUGACAAGGCCUUUAACCACAUCUCAAGCCUUUCUCAACAUUACAGAAUUCAUACUGGAGAGAAACCCUACCAAUGUCAAGAAUAUGGCAAGGCCUUUUCCCAGAGCUCAAGUUUUAGUGAACGUCACAGAAUUCAUACUGGAGAGAAACCUUUCCAGUGUCAGAAAUGUGGCAAGAGGUUUAAAGUGAGCUCAGUACUUACUCAACAUCACAGAAUUCAUACUGGAGAGAAACCUUACCAAUGUACAGAAUGAGGGAAGGCCUUUAAUCAGAGGUCAAGCCUUAGUGAACAUCAAAGAAUUCAUACCUGGGAGAAACCUUAUCAAUGUCAAAAAUGUGGCAAGGCCUUUAACCAUAGCUCAACCCUUACUCAACAUCUCAGAAUUCAUACUGGAGAGAAACCUUAUAAAUGCAAGGAAUGUGGUAAAACUUAUAAGGACCCUUCAUCAGUAAAGGGACAUAAGCCAAUCCAUACUGGAGUGAAACAGUACAAAUGGGCAAAGAGUGUGAAAGCGUCUACAUUGUCCUCCACCCUUACUGGAAGUCACCAAACUCAUACUGGAGAGAAACGUUACCAAUGUGCAGUAUGUGGCAAGACCUUUAAGUGGUGCUGCGACCUUACUCAGCAUCACCGAGCUCAUAGUGGAGAGAAACCUUACCAAUGUGACGUAUGUGGCAAGGCCUUUAAGUGGCGUUCAGACGUUACUCGACAUCACCGAGUUCAUACUGGAGAGAAACCUUACCAAUGUCAAGAAUGUGGUAAGGCCUUUCACCGGAGCUCAGGGCUUAGCCAACAUCACAUAAUUCAUACUGGAGAGAAACCUUACCAAUGUCAAGAAUGUGGCAAGACCUUUAUGUGGCCUUCCGAGCUUACUCAACAUCACCGAAUCCAUACUGGAGAGAAACCUUACCAAUGUCAAGAAUGUGGCAAGGCCUUUCACCGGAGCUCAUUGCUUACUGUGCAUCACAGAAUUCAUACUGGAGAGAAACCUUACAAAUGUAAGGAAUGUGGUAAGGCCUUUAGCCAAACUUCAGCCCUUACUCAACAUCACCGAAUUCAUACUGCCGAGAAGCCUUACCAAUGUCAAGAAUGCGGGAAGGCCUUUAGCCGGCCUUCACACCUUACUCAACAUCACCAAAUUCAUACUGGAGAGAGUCCUUACCAAUGCCAAGAAUGUGGCAAAGCCUUUAACAAGCGCUCACACCUUGAUCAGCAUCACAGAAUUCAUACUGGAGAGAAACCUUAUAAAUGUAAGGAAUGUGGCAAGGCCUUUUCAUUGCAAUCAAACCUUCUUAAGCAUCACAGAACUCCUACUGGAGAGAAACAUUACAAAUGCGAAGAAUGUGGCAAGGCCUUUUACCGGCGCUCACACUUGAGUAACCAUCAUAGAAGUCAUACUGGCAAGAAACUUUAAAAAUGUAAAGACUAGGACUAAGGAUUGUAAAACCCUUACAUCACAGACCUUGCAUCGGAUAUAACUAGAGAAUAACUAUACACAUGUAAAAAAGUCCACCCUCUCUCUCCCUGAAACUCACAACAUCGUAGUUAUCAUAUGGGAGCAACAUGGUAAAAUGUGAUGAAUGUGGUGAGACCUUUAAUUGGAAUUCAGUCUAGACUCAAUAUCCCAAAAUGGAUUCUAGAUUUAAAUCCUAGAAACAUGAUGAUUGUGGAAAGACCCUCAUUUUAAUUUACAUGUUCGCAAACACAGAAAGUGCUAAAGAAGGUAAAUUGAUUCAUACAAAUAAUUAGAAAAUUCUCUGAACAUCUAAUGACAAUAAAUGUCACAGAUAUCAAGUAAAAGGAGUGUAUCAGUCCCUCUAUUCAGACAGUACUCGUUAGUCCAAGGAAAAAGAUCAAGUUAAACACUUGGAAAAUGCAUAUGCUGUUACAUUGGAAAGAUUCAGUGGGGGAGUUUUUACAAGGGUACAAUUUGUUUCGAUGUGCAUUUUGUUAUAUUGUGCCUUUUUUGAGGUUUGUGACCAACAAAUAUUAAUUUAUUUUAUUCUCAAAUCACUUCUGGAGAUUGACUUAACUCGUACUGGGUGUAUGAAUCCGUGAGCCUGAUUUUUGCUCCGUCAACGGCAUUCGAUGCCCUGCUGCAUCCAGGGGGACUCACGCAUCCCAAAUUUUCCUUGGAAGAUGAGAACUGUGUAAUACACAACAUGAACGAAGAAAAUCUAAACGGAGAUACUGCUUAGGCUUAUAGCAUUGAUGUAAGUUGCCGUGAAAUAGGUGUACAGAACAAUAUUUUUCUCCAUUUACUAAAACUAAAGAGGGGUAUUGGUGAUGCACUCAUGUGGGCAUAGCUUUCAAAAGUCACAUGGUAGAGUAGCUGUUGGCCGUGAAGAAGCCUUCUGGACACUGGGGUAGGCAGGAUCAGCAAGGUGUGUGCUGUGGUUGAAGUCAAGCACUGCUCUCCCAGGGAUAAAAGCCCAAUCAAGAUUUGAGCCACUGUACAUAGGGGACCAUUCAGGGAAGCUGCUGCAGUGCAUCGGGAACAUCCUGUCUGUACUCGGUGCCAUGUUCAGUACAAUCCCCCGCUCUGGCUCUGUCUGCCAUAGUUUUGGAAUAUAAGUGAGCUUCAGUGGGGUGGGGUCUGGAGCUGAUGACAAAAAAAAAAAAAAAAAUUCCUGAGGCAUCUUUGGUGCAAAAUGUUGGUUUAUUAAAGCAUGAGGACAGGGAAGGGCAGUUGCUGCCACCAGGGUCCUAAGGGGUAAGCUGGUUUUACACUAUGGGGUUGGGAAAAGGUGAGGAAUAAGAAAGCUUUCAAAAUGAUUUCCUUUUUUUUUUUUUUUUUUUUUUAAGAUUUUAUUCAUUUAUUUGACACAAAGAGAUCACAAGUAGACAGAGAGCCAGACAGAGAGAGAGGG